ACCAAGGGUGACUAUGUUAUUGGGGGGAUCUUCCCCCUUCACUAUAACCAGGAGAUGCCAGACCUCAACUGCACCUACAGACCACCGCCAGUGAAGUGCAAUGGCUUUGAUCCCAGGGCUUUCCGCUGGGCUCAGACUAUGAGGCUGGCAGUGGAGGAGAUAAAUCAGAGUGCGGAGCUUUUGCCCAAUUACACCCUUGGGUACAAAAUCUUUGAUUCAUGUGCAUAUCCACUGACUGGUCAGAGGGCUGCUGUGGCUGUGUUGAAUGGGCUGAGCGAGGAUGACUCUCCCAUGUGCAGCGGUGCCUCGCCACUCCUCGCUGUGAUUGGGGAAUCUGGUUCUGCUCAAUCUAUCGUGGUGUCAAGAAUCCUGCAGCCAUUCAGAAUCCCAAUGAUCAGCUACUUUUCUUCCUGUGCGUGUCUCACUGACAGAAGACAAUAUCCCACCUUCUUCAGAGUAAUACCUAAUGACGACUAUCAGGUGAAAGCCAUUGCUCAGCUGCUGCUACACUUCAACUGGACUUGGGUGGGGCUGGUGCGAGGGGACCAUGAAUAUGGGCGCUUCGCUGUGCAAGGUUUACUGAGAGAAUUACAGGGUACCAAAGUGUGUGUAGCGUACCUAGAAAUGAUCCCUCUGCUCUACAAUCGCAAGAGGGCUCUGGAGAUCAUGCAGGUGAUGCGUAGCUCUUCGGCAAAAGUGGUGGUGGUAUUUUCAGCCGAGGGGGAGAUGACACCUUUCUUGAGGGACUAUAUGAAACAGAACAUCACUGGAAUCCAGUGGGUGGCUAGUGAGGCCUGGGUCACAGCGUCUGUCUUUACAGGGAGCGAGUAUUAUCCCUACCUAGGAGGCACCAUCGGGUUUGGAAUCAGAAAAGGUCAUAUCUCCAGACUCAGUGACUAUCUGCAGAAAGUCAACCCUCAGACGUAUCCCAAUAAUAUUCUGGUUAAGGAGCUGUGGGAGGCCCUGUAUGGUUGCAAUCCUUCUCUGUCACCCGACUCCCAUUUGCCUCCCUGCUCAGGGCAGGAGUCCCUGUUGAAGCAGCAUUCAGCCUACAUGAAUACAUCCAGCCCAAGAGUGGCCUAUAAUGUGUAUAAGGCUGUAUAUGCAAUUGCUCAUUCCCUGCACAACCUUCUUCUCUGUCACCCAGGCAGUGGCCCCUUUCAAAACAACUCAUGUGCUCAAAGCAACAACAUACACCCCUGGCAGCUCCAGCAUUACAUCCAGGAAGUGACAUUCAACAUUGCCAGGGAGGAGGUGAACUUUGACCUGAAGGGCGACUCCAUACCCUAUUAUGAUAUCCUCAACUGGCAGAGAGGCACAGGCGGGAACAUUGAAUUUGUCAACGUGGGGUUGUUUGACGGAACCAAGCCUGGCAGAGAGGAGCUGGUGAUCCAGGAGGACAGGAUAAUGUGGGCAGGGCAUCAGAGUGAGGUGCUGGUGUCUGUAUGCAGUACCAGCUGUCUUCCAGGGUCCAGGAAGGCUGUCCGUCGUGGGGAGCCUGUCUGCUGCUUUGACUGUGUACCAUGUGACAGUGGCAAAAUUAGCAAUGAGACAAAUUCAAUAGAUUGCACAUUUUGUCCCGAGGACUUCUGGUCAAACAACGACAGAACAGCCUGCAUCCCCAAGAAGGUGGAGUUCUUGGCCUAUGAUUCCGUAGGUUUAGCCCUGACAGUGAUCUCUGUGAUGGGUGCUUGCCUCACUAUAGUUGUCUUUGCAGUCUUUUUCUACCAUAGAAACACAGCCAUCGUCCGUGUGAAUAACUCUGAACUCAGCUUUUUCAUCCUGUUCGCUUUGACUCUGUGUUUCCUGUGUUCCCUGGUGUUCAUUGGAGAGCCAACAACUUGGUCCUGCAUGCUGCGCCACACUGCCUUUAGCAUCACAUUUUCACUUUGUAUCUCUUGCAUCCUGGGGAAGACCCUAGUGGUGUUGGCUGCUUUCACUGCCACCAGGCCAGGGGACAACAUCAUGAAGUGGCUGGGGCCCAAGCAGCAGAGGGCCAUUAUCUUCAGUUGCACUCUAAUUCAGGUGGUUAUCUGUACUGCCUGGCUCAUUAAUGCGCCCCCUUUUCCAUCCCGAAAUACACAAUAUGAACGCUCAAAGAUCAUACUGGAGUGCAGUGUGGGCUCCAGCCUUGCAUUCUGGUGUGUUCUGGGAUAUAUUGGUCUACAGGCCUGUCUGUGCUUUGUACUGGCUUUUCUGGCCCGUAGGUUGCCUGGCAAAUUCAAUGAGGCCAAGUUCAUCACUUUUAGCAUUCUGAUCUUCUGUGCUGUGUGGCUAGCAUUUAUCCCUGCUUAUAUCAGCUCUCCUGGAAUUUAUGCAGAUUCAGUGGAGUCAUUUGCCAUUCUGGCUUCCAGCUUUGGCUUGUUGUUUUGCCUGUUUGCUCCAAAAUGUUACAUUAUUUUACUGAAGCCAGAAAAGAAUACAAAACAGCACCUCAUGGGAAAAGAAAAGAAGUAACAUAUAAAUUAACCUUUAAACAUUCUAUUCAAUGUUAUUUUAAAAUAGUUUUAGCAAAUUAUGAAUAAUGUCACAUUUGUAUUGACAAGCUAGUUGUAUACAACUAAUAAUUCAGCAUUGCAACUAUAGUACAGUGUAGAUAAGAAUAAAUA